CCACAACACCACAAAUACAUUUGAAAUUGAGAACAAGAGGCUUCACACCUUUCUUCCAGUGUGUCUCAGAGGGCACUCCAGCACCGGACAUGUUAUGGUUCAACAGCCCUGCAGAGAAAGAUAAUGGAGAUGAAGGAGAAGGUCAAUCAAAGGACAAUGGCAAAACAGAAAGUACUGUAAAAAGUAGAAGAUAUCCUCAAACAGCGGUUAUCUGCUGCGCAAAAAACAACCAAGGAGAAAAAUGCUCCCAGCUAUUAGAUUAUGACAUGGACAAAAGCUCUAGUUUGGAUGAGGCUCUUGAGGUCACUGUGAGCCCUGGUCAAUCCCUGCUGCUUCGCUGUAGAGCAAAGAAAGUCGGGAGUCGGUGGCUGACAAGCGUGACUAGCUGUACUGGAAAAGAACAAGUUUGCAAAGGAGUCUAUCAAUAUUCUCUAACAUGGGCAAGUUUCCUGUACUUUAAAUCUAUCAAUGUGAACAACACUGGCAUCUACACCUGCAUGGCUGACAACAGUACAACCAAGUCUGUUCGUGUGCAAGUGUUCGAUGGGGAGUUCAUUCAUGUCCAGGCCAGGGAGAACAUCACCAUCACAGCUCAGCAGGAACCAAACUUCUGCCUGCAGGCCACUGUCUUGUCUGUCCCGACCCUCCACCACUGCUAUUGGCUGGGCCCAGACGGGAAGCAGACCUCAUGCCCAAAGCCCAGUAACCUGUGGAUGAACAGUACUCCAAAGCUGUGUGGUGUUAGUCCAGGGGUGUACCAUCUCCACCUAGAGGCAGGAGGACAGAAACAAACAAAGACCAUGUCACUGUGUGUGUCAGAUUCUCCAGUCAUCCACCUCAAUAAGGAUGGAGAGAACGUCACCUGUGAGACAAAUAUGGCCGUCCCUUUGACACUUGCGUGGAUGUCCUGCCCUCUGAGUGCUAACAGCUGUCGCUUCGAGUCAGAUUUUGCCCCCUGGAAGGAGAUCAGCGCCUCUUCUUUGCCUCAGUACUUUGACUCACACCAGUUCUGUCACAAGAGGGUCCUCAGCUCUCUGAAUUGGACCAGUGUGACAGGCUUCAUUGUCAAGUGCUGCAUCGCAAACUCUGUCCACUCUCAGUGUAGCAGCCAGCUUCUCCAUUUGAACCAGCCUUUGAUUCAACAUUCAACACAACAUAAAACAAUUCCCAGCUCUCCUCUCCUGAGGGUGUGCAGUCUGGUGCUGUUUGUUGCUCUGACGGUGGUCACCAUUGCUCUAAUGUAUUUCAUCAGGAAAAAGAAACCUCAGUACCAGAGCCAGCUGCAGAUGAUUCAGAUGGUUGGACCCAAUGACAAUGAUUACAUCUACAUCAGCUUCAAAGAUUUUGAAUACGACCAAAAGUGGGAAUUCUCUAGGGACAACUUGGAACUAGGGAAGGAGCUGGGCUCAGGGGCGUUUGGCAUGGUGGUUCAGGCUACGGCCUAUGGUUUAAGCAAGCCAGAUGUCUCUCUUCAGGUUGCGGUCAAAAUGCUGAAAGAGAAGCACCAGCUAGUGGAGAAGGAAGCUCUGAUGUCUGAGCUGAAGAUGCUGACUCACAUUGGUCACCACGCCAACAUCGUCAACCUGCUGGGCGCUUGCACCAACUCGGGACCCAUCUAUCUGAUCUUCCAGUACUGCUGUCAUGGAGACUUGUUGAACUACAUGAAGACCAACAGGGAUCGCUACCACAAGUCUCUGACAGAGGCCUUCACCAGCGACCGCUUUAGGUCCCUUUAUCACAAUCUCCAGGACAAGAGGAGCUCCAGUGACUUUACCGGGGGGCAGGAGGCCACUGCCCUCCUCAACCUCAACUCAGAGGGGAUCUGUGAGAACUCCGUGGAGACCCAGGAGGAGGGGCAGGCCCUGACCUACAGCCACUUGCUGAGCUUCGCUUAUCAGGUGGCCCAGGGCAUGGACUUCCUGUCCUCUAAGAAUUGCAUCCAUCGUGACCUGGCUGCUCGGAAUGUGUUGGUGACCCAGGGACGACUGGUGAAGAUUGGGGACUUUGGACUGGCCAGGGACAUCGAAAAUGACUCCAAUUACGUUGUGAGGGGAAAUGUCCGUCUGCCGGUGAAGUGGAUGGCUCCUGAGAGUAUCUUCCAGGGCAUGUACACCGUGCAGAGUGAUGUCUGGGCCUAUGGAAUCCUGCUGUGGGAGAUCUUCUCUCUGGGAGUGACUCCAUACCCCGGUGUGAAGGUGGAUAAAAACUUCUAUGUGAUGAUUGAGAGAGGGUUCAAGAUGGAGCAGCCGUACUAUGCCAGUGAUUCUGUGUACAGAAUGAUGUGUAAGUGCUGGGCCCUUGAACCCCGUGAGCGGCCGGUCUUCUCCAAGCUAGUGGCCUUCAUGGACGACCAGAUGACUGACAUGGAAGAGAAUCUAUACCAAAAUAUCUUAGACAAGAACUCCCAAGACUCACUCUCCCAGAAUGCAUCAGUAAAACUUUCAGCCUUGGACAAAGAGAAGGAGGAUCCACAGGAGCUGAACCUGUACUGCAAGACACCCUCUGACCCAGACAACAUGACCUUUGAAGAUCAACAGUUCAAACCAGCCAGUGCAGGUCUGAAAUGAUGGCUUGGUUGAUCUUGUGAGAGUGCCUGUCAGUAAAAACAUUGAGGAGUAAUUUAAGCAAUAACUUAUGUCAACAAAUGUAGAACAUACUUUUAUAUAACCUAUUUUGAGUGUUGUUGUGGAUCAAUGAUGCACUGAUAACCUGAUGUAAUUUUUGUCUGUUUAUAAGAUCAGUUCAGCAUGUCAGCUUUUUAUAGUCGUAUAAGUGACCUAAUUAAUCGGUUAAGUUGUACAAUGAGGAUAUUUUCAAUUAUACUUGAUGAUUUUGUUGUAUUGGCUACCUAGUUACUUUUGGGGCUAUCAAAUGUAAUAACUUCUACUUUUGCCUGAAAUAUAAAGUUUCAUGAAGUUAUGUACAGAAAUGUUUCUACACUUUUUCUACAUUUCCAAUGUCUUUUUAGAAUUUUAAGUGCCUGUUUUUAUUGUCUUAAAAUAAAAGGA